UGUGUGUGUGUGUGGAAAUGCAGCUCGUUGUAUCUGCGCCUGGGAAGGUCAUCCUGCAUGGCGAGCACGCCGUCGUCUACGGCAAGACGGCGCUCGCGACGGCGUUGGACAUGCGCACCAGCGUCCGCUUGGCCGUGACGGAAGGAGCAACGACGCAAGGAACGGAAUCCCGCGUGGCACUCGCAGACUUUGGAUUGCUCGCGUUGACAUUUCAGACGGCGGACUUGAGCGCCAUGGGCAAGGCGCGAAGCGACCCCGUCGGAGUGGAUCGCGAGGCGCUGUUGAGCGACAUUGAGGCGUACCUGGCCAACCAUGUCCAACAAGAAACAACUCCCGAAGCAAGACUCGCAUUGAAAACAUUCCUGCAAAUUCUGGUCGCGGUGGUGCCGCACGAGCGACUGGCCUCGGUCGCAAUCCAGGCAUCGGUGCAGUCGGCACUGCCAAUCGGCGCCGGCCUGGGCAGCUCGGCCGCGUUCGCCGUCUGCAUUGCAACCGUUGCUUUGCUGAUUGCGGGGUCCAUUCAGCAGACAAGCAACCUCAGUCCGUCGCAGCUCGAGCUCAUUAACAAGUGGGCCUUGUACGCAGAAACAACCAUGCACGGCACGCCAUCUGGCGUCGAUAACACGGUUGGCACGUAUGGCGGAUUGAUUCAAUUCGCACGAACAGCGUCUGGCAUUAACAUGACGCCCCUCACCGACUUGCCCAAGCUGCGCAUUCUUCUGGUCAACACUCAGCAAUCGCGGAGCACAAAAGCGCUUGUCGCGAAUGUUCGCACCAAUUUUGACAAGUUCCCCAGCAUUGUCCCGCCAGUUAUCGACCUGAUGGAGACCAUCGGCGUUCAAGCCCUUGCCGACCUGCGCAAGCUUUCUCUCGACCAAGGUGCCUCUGCGGAAAUCUAUGAGCGAUUGAAGUUUUACAUUUCUGCCAAUCACGCUCUACUUUCUGUCGUCCAAGUGGAUCACCCAAAGCUGGUUGCUGUGCGGUCUUGUGCCGAACGUUUCGGCUUCGGAUGCAAGCUCACUGGUGCUGGCGGCGGCGGUUGUGCCUUUAUUUUGCUUCCACCUGACGCAUCUCCGGAGACUGUCGCGGCCCUCGUCCACGCCAUCACCAAUCUUCAUGUGCAGUACAACGCUUUGCUCGUCGGCAACGAGGAGCCCAGCCAACCGUUUUUAGUCUGGGAGACCAAUCUUGGCUCCCAAGGUGUUCGGAUCGACACUGCAUGAGAUUGUCCGAUUUUUGUUUUGUGUUUUAUCAGGCUAACCACGUUCAUACAUCGAUUCCUUUUCA